CUCCCUCUUGAGUAACUUUGUUUUCCGCUGCUACAGGACAGAGAGGGGCCUCGGCCUCGGCCUCCCGGUCCUCCGCUUCCUGGGAAGACGGCACACUCACAACUCUGGAUUCACGCUCCUGUCCCCGUUUUCUUCCUGGGAUGGGCCUCUUGGUGCCCAGCUUCAGCACAGGCCUGGCCCUCCUCCAGGUGCAGGAGGGAGGGUAAGGCAGGGCCGUGAGCGGCUCCCCUGGACCUGUCCCAUGGGCCUCUCUCCACCGCUGCGACGUGGGUGCGCCCAGCUGGAGCUGCUGCUCGGCCUCCGAGAAUGAGCGGCGAUGUUCUCUAGCUUGCCCUAGCAGCAUCAGCGCUCCCUGUGUGCCCCGCGGCUGACUGGGACUAGGGAUUUUCUCCGAGACAAACGGACCACACCGGCAAUCUGCGAUGACUGUCCAGAAACUUGUGGCCACAGCUGUGCUGGUGGCCCUGGUCUCCCUCAUCCUCAACAACGCUGCUGCCUUUACUCCCAACUGGGUGUGCCAGACCCUGGAGGAUGGGCGCAAGCGGAGCGUGGGGCUGUGGAGAUCCUGCUGGCUGGUGGACAGGGGCCGGGGAGGAGCGAGCCCCGGGGCCAGAGCUGAGCACGUGGACGCGCAGGACUGUGAGGCGCUGGGCUGGGGCUCGGAGUCGGCAGGCUUCCAGGAGUCUCGAGGCACCGUCAAACUGCAGUUCGACAUGAUGCGCGCAUGCAACCUGGUGGCGACGGCAGCCCUCGCGGUGGGCCAGCUCACCUUUGUCCUGGGGCUGACGGGCCUGCCCAUGAUGUCACCAGAGUCCCAGUGCUGGGAGGAAGCCAUGGCCGCUGCAUUCCAGCUGGCAAGUUUUGUGUUAGUCAUCGGACUGGUGACCUUCUACAGAAUCGGCCCCUACACCAACCUAUCAUGGUCUUGCUAUCUGAACAUUGGUGCCUGUCUGCUGGCCACCCUGGCAGCUGCCAUGCUCAUCUGGAACAUUCUGCACCGCAGGGAGGACUGCAUGGCCCCCCGGGUAAUUGUCAUCAGCCGCUCACUGACAGCACGGUUCCGCAGGGGGCUGGACAAUGAUUAUGUAGAGUCUCCGUGCUGAAAGCACCCUCCUCAGGACUUCAUCUUUAUAGCCACUAUAAUGGAUUAGUCUAGAAACUGAAGGACUCACCCUGACUCUGCUUGUACCCAGGCACGGGGUGAGUCUUGGUCAUAUAUACAUAUGUAUAUAUACGUGUAUAUAUACGUAUGUAUGUGUGUGCAAUGCUCGUGCACACUUACUAUGUUAUACAUGAAUAUGUCAAGUGCCACCGUUUCUGCCACCAUCUUCCCCAGCCAGUCCACUGCAGCUUCACAUCGCGCUCGGCUGAAGGGUGGGGACAGGAAGCUGGGCAGGGGAGGCAGUGGUGUGGGCGCCCCGCUCUCUGCCUUCACUUGGGAUUAAUUUAUUCUGGAUCUGUUUAGGAGGACACCCAGUUAUAUUUUUCUUUCAUAGAGCAGAAUACCCAGGAAGCUUUCCAUGAGGUCUCUACGGUAUUUCUUUAUUAAGUUAGAAUUUAUAACCAGAUGGUAAUGGCUUUAUGCCAGAAUCAAAUUAAUAGUGUACGUUCUGUUCCUGGUUAUUUUUCUAAGUUAAAAUAAACUCAAACCUCUUA